AUUCUUCACCGUCACUUCAUUUUACAAGCAAACAUCUCACUUCAUUCUCACCCAACAUUCCACACAAAAGCCUCCCACAAAAUGGCCUCUCUUGGGUCCUCAAGAAUUCUCUUUACAUUGUUUCUCGCAAUUUCCCUUCUCCAUUUGAACUCAGCAGCUAGAACACUGUCCGAGACUUCAUCAGAUCAGCUGCUAAAGUUCCAAUACCACAAGGGCCCUCUAUUGAAUGGCAAGAUCUCAAUAAACCUCAUUUGGUACGGAAAAUUCAAACCAUCACAAAGAGCCAUAAUCUCAGACUUAAUCACCUCCCUCUCUUCCUCUUCCACUUCCAAACCACCAAAAUCACCAUCCGUUUCCACGUGGUGGAAAUCCACCGAGAAAUACUAUAGCAGUACCAACAAGAAGCUUGGCAUUUCACUAGGCACCCAAAUCCUGGACGAGAACUACUCUCUGGGCAAGUCGCUCACCACAAACCAAAUCGUGAAGCUUGCAUCAAAGGGACCCCACAGCAACGCAAUCAACGUGGUGCUAACAGCUGCUGACGUGGCAGUGGAGGGGUUCUGUUCAAGCAGGUGCGGGACCCACGGUUCCUCUAACGGGGCGCGCGUGAACGGAAAGAGGUACAAGUUCGCAUACAUUUGGGUUGGCAACUCGGAGACACAAUGCCCUGGGCAAUGCGCGUGGCCCUUCCACCAACCUAUUUACGGCCCACAGAGCCCACCACUUGUGGCGCCCAACAACGACGUGGGCCUGGACGGCAUGGUUAUCAACGUGGCGAGCCUCUUAGUUGGCACUGCAACCAACCCGUUUGGGAAUGGGUACUUCCAAGGGCCCAAGGAGGCGCCUCUAGAAGCAGCUUCUGCUUGCGCCGGCGUCUAUGGUAAAGGUGCGUACCCCGGCUCCGCUGGGAACCUCUUGGUGGACCCCACAACUGGUGCUAGCUUCAAUGCCAAUGGCAUCAAUGGUAGGAAGUACCUCUUGCCUGCUCUGAUGGAUCCCAAAACCCAAGCUUGUUCGACCCUUGUCUAGACACCAAUGAAUUGAAAAUGCAGCUUACGAGCCAGCAUCGUGCUUUCCACGUAGUCAAAUAUUUCCACUAUUACAAUAGGCACAAGUGAGAUUCAUUCUUUGAUUUGUUCAUUCUUUUUUGUUGUAUAUGACUUAAAAUGAUGAAAUUGAGCUCCAUUAUUGAUUGGAUUUAA